GCGAGGCGUGCCCGCGGCGGGGCUGGGGGAGGGGGCCGCGCGGCGGCGGCGCCGGGGCGGGCGCGCGUCCGCGGCGGUGAUGGCGGUGCGUGAACGCGCGGCGGCAGCAAUGGCCGCUCUGGAGCGGCGGCUGCCGAGUCUCGAUGACUUCGCGGGACAGAGCUGGAGCUCGUGGGUGGAACGGGCCGACCUGCCCGCGGCCGAUGGGGCCGAGCUGGAGGAGACUAACAAAAGCACGAAGAAGCUGGAUGCCAUGACCCUCAUUAAAGAAGACAUGUCCAUCUUCGGGCACUGCCCUGCCCAUGACGACUUCUACUUGGUUGUAUGUAACCACUGCAGCCAAGUGGUGAAGCCUCAAGCUUUCCAGAAGCACUGCGAAAGAAGACACGGGCCCCUCAGCAAGCUUUACGCCCGGGCCCCACCCCCACCUCCAGCCCCUGCCAGCUCUCAGAAAUGCCAUGUAGUGAAUGGGCAGGGCCCAGCUUGUAGGGCCCCAGGUUCCACCAAAACCUCCUCCAGGGAGAAGGGCCAGGGGUCCCGGAGCCGUGGCCACCAACCUCCUGAGAAGACCCAGAAGGACAACCUCUGCCUUUUCGUGCCUGUGGUGAAUCUGGAGAAGAUGUCCAAUCUCCCGAAGCCCGAUGGACACGGAGUCAGGGUGGCCCCGCCCUCUGCUUUCCUCAGCCAGCCAGGCAGCCUCGCCAAGGACGCCCCUGGAAAACCCCCCAUGGCGCCCCCUUCUAAAGAACCUCCUGGCAGAGAGAACAUCAAGAUAACCCCCAGCGAGGGCCCCAGUCACUGGGCCGAAGGCAGCCCUCCUGAGAAGGAGCCUGGUGGGGCCAGGCUGCCCCCCAAAACCCACCGGAAGAUGGCUCGGAAGGAGUGCGACCUCAACAGGCAGUGUGGGGUGAUAAACCCAGAGACCAAGAAGAUCUGCACCCGCCUUCUGACGUGCAAGAUCCACUCGGUGCACCAGCGCCGGGAGGUCCAGGGCCGGGCUAAGGACUUCGACGUGCUCGUGGCAGAGCUGAAGGCCAACUCCCGUAAAGGGGAGUCCCCCAAGGAGAAGAGCCCAGGGCGCAAGGAGCCAGCCCUCGAGCGCCCCACCCAGGAGCCCCUCUCCUCAGCCCCUGGGGCGGCAGCGGCGGUGGCGGCGGCAUCCACUCCCAGCAGCACCUUCUCUGCUCGUGCCAAGCAGACCUACUCGUACUGUGCACUGCCCAGGUCCCGGGCCUCCUCUGAGAGUGAGUUGGAUGAUGCAGGCCCCUGUGGUGGUGAUGGGGACCCAGGCCUGUUCCCCUUCCCCCUGCCCCGGGGUGGGGCCCAGGCCUCCAGCGAGGAGAGUGAGGAGGAGGGGACAUCUGAUGACCUCCACCUCCCCCCUGACUGCCAUUAUGCGUCCCGGCCCCCCAGGCCACAGGCGUUCUGCACCUUCGGGAGCCGGCUGGUGAGUCCAGGGUGCUACGUGUUCAGCCGCCGGCUGGACCGGUUCUGCUCGGCGCUGAGCUCCAUGCUGGAGAGGCACCUCAGCUCCCACAUGUGGAAGAAGAUCCCACCGGCCGCUGAGCCUCCGUCCCACCUUGCCAGCUCCCCGCUCUCUGCUCCCCUGAGCCCUCCUUCUACCGGCAGCUGCCCCCGCCUUCCAGGCCCACCCCCCAGACCUGCCUGCCCAGCCUCUGUGCCCCCCACCAAGGACAGCCUUGUCCCCAGCUACCCCGCGGGCUCCCCCAGUGUGGCGGCCGCCUGCAGCCAGGCGGAGUGUACGGGCGGGAGCCAGGCCAUCACCUCUCCUCUGCCCGCCAACACGCCCUCCCCGUCCUUCAGCAAGCUCCCGCCUUCGAAGGCCAGCAAGUCGGCCAAAGGCAAGGCUGGGGCCGAGGUGGAGGCCCCCUCCCGCAAGCGGAAGCUAUCCCCCGGCCCCACCGGUUUCAAACGGACCUGCAUCCUGGAGCCCACGGCAAAAGGCAAGCCCUCUGGCUGCCGGGGCCUCUCUGCCAAGACGAAAACGGCCCUGGGCAUGGGGCUCAACGGGACGGUGGGGCCCCGAGUGAAGCGGGCAGGGCCCCCGGACUGCCGGGGCUCCCCUCAUCAGCCUCCCACAGCGGUCAAGGCUGCUCAGCUGGACAGCCGGGGAGCGGCUGGACACCCAGCCAAGGCCCUGCCGACCAACUGCCUCUCGGAGGAGGAGGUAGCCAAGAAGCGGAAAAACCUGGCCACGUACUGCCGGCCAGUGAAGGCCAAGCACUGCCCGGCCGGCGCCCCAGCCGACGGGGCCUGCCCCGUGCGCCGCAAGAAGCCGGGUCCGGCCCUGGCCUUUGAGGAGAAGUGUUCUGCACUGAAGGUGUGUGGGUGCCAGGCAAGUUCUCCAGGGUUUCUGGCGAGGCCAGCAGCCAGAUUUGGGGGCCUCUGUUGAUGUCAGCCUGGAACAGUAGGCUAGGUGCUGUCCGUGAGGUCUCAGCCCUGAGGCUGUUACUGGGGGCGGGCAGGGGGGAUGCGCCCCUGGGUUAGGCCUGGGCCAAACACCUACCUGCACCUCUGGCACCCAUAGGAGAGCAGCGGGUGUGACUGCUGCCCGGGGCCUGAGCGUGAGUGUGCACACACGUGCGUGAGUGCUCACCAGGCCACCCCUGCGGGGCCGGCUUUCAUCUGCCCCCUUGCCCAGCUUUGCUCACCAGGCCGGCAGGAUGAAAUCAAGCCUCAGCUCUUGGGGUCCACACAGGUCACUAGGGAGGCGGACUGGCCCCCCAGCCUGACCCUG